GCGCCUCCUAGGGGGCGGUGCGUCGGCCCCGCCCCCUUUUCUUCUAGGCUCGUCUCGCGUGCGCGGGUCCCCUUCACUGAUUCUUGAGCGGCCGUGAGCGAGGAGGUGAUACCAUGUCCCUGGAGGCGAUUCGCUACUCUCGGGGCUCCCUGGAGAUCCUCGACCAGCUGCUCCUGCCCCAGCACAGCCGUUACGAGACAGUGGGCUCCGUGCGCCAGGCCUGGGAGGCCAUCCGCGCCAUGAAGGUGCGGGGUGCCCCGGCCAUCGCGCUCGUGGGCUGCCUCAGCCUCGCCGUGGAGCUGCAGGCGGGCGCGGGGGGACCGGGACUCGCCGCGCUGAUGGCUUUCGUGCGCGACGCGCUGAGCUUCCUGGUCACCGCCCGGCCCACCGCCGUCAACAUGGCCCGCGCUGCCCGCCACCUGGUCGAGACCGCAGCCCUGGAGGCUGAACGCGAGGGCGCCACGGAGGAGGCGGUCCGGGAGAGAGUGAUCCGCUGUGCCGAGGACAUGCUGGAGAAAGACCUCAAGGACAAUCGGAGCAUCGGGGACCUAGGAGCCCACCAUCUCCUGGAGCGGGCAGCUCCCGGGGGUGGCAAGGUGACCGUGCUGACCCACUGUAACACUGGCGCACUGGCCACUGCUGGCUAUGGCACAGCUCUGGGUGUGAUCCGCUCACUGCAUACCCUGGGCCGUCUGGAUCAUGCCUUCUGCACAGAGACCCGGCCCUACAACCAGGGAGCCCGGCUGACUGCCUUCGAGCUGGUGUACGAGCAGAUUCCCGCCACCCUCAUUGCCGACAGCAUGGCAGCAGCUGCCAUGGCCCACCGGGGCGUGUCAGCUGUCGUCGUGGGAGCCGACCGGGUGGUUGCCAAUGGUGACACAGCCAACAAGGUGGGCACCUACCAGCUGGCCAUCGCUGCCAAGCACCAUGGCAUCCCCUUCUACGUGGCUGCCCCCAGCUCCUCGUGUGACCUCCAUCUGGAGUCGGGCAGGGAGAUCGUCAUUGAGGAGCGCCCGGGGCAGGAGCUGACUGAUGUCAACGGGGUCAGGAUUGCAGCCCCUGGCAUUGGGGUUUGGAAUCCUGCCUUCGAUGUCACCCCCCAUGAGCUCAUCACCGGUGGCAUCAUCACAGAGCUGGGGGUCUUCGCUCCCGAGGAGCUCCGGGCAGCCCUAAGUACCACCGUCUCCUGAGGAGAAGAAGAGUGAAAGCACAAGUGGGGUGGGGACAGAGAGAGAGGGAGAAAAGCAGAAUCUGUGGUCAGCAUGGGGGUCUAGACCUCAGACCCUGAGAUCAUGACCUGAGCUGAAAUCAAGAGUUGUGCUUAACCAACUAGCCACUCAGGUACCUCCGAUUCUAUUUCUUUAAUAGUAAAUUUUUUUUUUAAAGUAAUCUCUACACCCAAAAUUGUGACUCAAACUGACAACCGCAAGAUCAAGAGUCACGUGCUCCACUGAGGCAGCCAGGCACCCCUAAAAUUGUAUUUUUCUUAAAGA